GAGAAGAGCGGAAGGAGGAAGAGGGAGUAGGGACAGAGGAAAAGGAGGUUAUGGAAGAGGAUGACAGAGUAGAGAAAGACGAGGUAGAUGAUGAAAGGACAAAACAAAGCAGGGGGUCGGAGAUGAAAGGACACGAAGAUGAAGAAAAGGAGAGGAAACUAGAAGAACAAAAGGUUGAUGGGACAAAAGAAGAAAAUGAGGGAGGAGAAGAGAUGGAGGAAAACAAAGAGCAGAGUGAUGUAAAAGAAGACAAAAUGGACGGAAAAGGAGAAGAAGAGACAGAGAAAGAGAGAGAACAAGAAGAACAAAAUGUUGAUGAAAAAGAAGAAGAGAUCGAGGAAAAAGGAGAUAAUGCGGUUCACAAAGAACAAAGGGUUGAUGUAGAAGAAGAGGAAGUAGAGAAAAAUGUCAAAGAAGAGCCAGAGAAACAAGAACAAGAAGAACAAAAGACUAAUGGAAAAGAAGACGAGAUGGACGAUAAAGUCGAAGAGGUGGCGGAGAAUGAAGAACAAAAGGUUAAUGGAAAGGAGGAAGAGAUGACAGAAGAUGAAGAAACUGGGGCAAAGAAACAAGAAGAAGAACAGAUUGGGGAAAGAGAAGAAGUGGAGGAAAAAGUCAAUGAAGUUGCAGAGAAUGAAGUGGAGCAAAGGGUUAAUGGAAAAGAAGAUUUGGAGGAUAAAGAGGUGGAGAAUAAAGAACAAAAGGCUGAUGGAAAAGAAGAUGAGAUGAAGGACAAAGAAGAAAAGGAGGCAGAGAAACAAGACCAAGAAAAACAGGUUGAUUUAAAAGACAAAGAGUUGGAGGAAAAAGUCAACGAAACUGCAGAGAACAAAGAGGAAGAACAGGUUGAUAGAAAAGAAGAGAUGAAGGAAAACGAGGGAGUUGAGGCAAAGAAACAAAAAGAACAGACUGAUGAAAAAGAAGAAGAGAUGGCGGAAAAAGAAGAAAAGGUGGAUAAGAAACAAGAACAAGAAAAACAGAAGGUUGAUGGAAAAGAUGAAACGUCAGAGGAGACAGUCGACGAAGUUGCAGUGAACAAAGACGGAAAAGAAGGAGAGCUGGAGGACAAAGUCGAAGUGGCAGAGAAUGAAGAAGAACAAAAGCUCUGUGGAAAAGAAAAGAUGGAGGAAAACAAAGAAAAGGAGGUAAAGAAACAGGAAGAAGAAGAACAAAAGGUUGACGGAAAAGGAGAGGAUUUGGAGGAAAAAGUUGACAAAGUUGCAGAGAGCAAAGAAGAUCAGAGGGCUAAUGGAAAACAAGGAGAGUUGGACAAUAAAGUUGAAGAAGAGACAAAGAACGAAGAACACAAGGUCGAUGUAAAAGACGAAGAGUUAGAGGAAACGGUCAACGAAGUUGCAGAGAACAAAGAAAAUGCUGAUGGAAAAGAAGAAGAGUUGGAGGAUGAACUCAAAGAAGAUGCAGAGAGUGAAAAACAGAAGUUGGAUGGAAAUGAAGAGAUGGAGAAGAACGAAGAAACUGAGGCAAAGAAACAAGAAGAACAAGAACAGAUUGGUGGAAAAGAAGUAGAGAUGACAGAAAAAGAAGAAAAGGAGGUGAAGAAACAAGAACGUGAAACACAAAAGGUUGAAUUUAAAGAAGAGGAAGAGCUGGGGAGAAAUGAUGAAGUUGCAGAGAGCGAAGAAGAGCAACAGGGCGAUAGAAAAGAGGAAGAGAUGAAGGACAAAGAAGAAAAGGAGGCAGAGAAACAAGAAGAACAAAAGGUGGAUGGAAAAGGAAAGGAUCUAGAAGAAAUCGAAGAAACUGAGGCAAAGAAACAAGAUGACGAACAAAAUGAGGCAGAAAAACAAGAACAAGAACAGACUGAUGAAAAAGAAGAUCUAGAAGAAGUCGAAGAAGCUGGGACAAAGAAACAA